UAUAUUUUAAAAUAAUUCUUAAAGAAUUAUUAAGCAGAAAAGAAAAGAUUCUUGUAUUUCUCAUACACUUGAAUUGUGAGGUCUUUAAAGUGUAAAACGUCAAUUUGUUAGAAUUGUAGUAAAUGGCUCGUGGUUUUCGUGGUUAUGGCUCACGCGGUGGCGGUAGCGCUUCCGGCCGCGGCUCUUCUUAUCGCUCAUCGAAUUAUGGUGGCGGUCGUUUAAAUAAUUCCGGUCGCUCAUCAGAUCGGUACGCAGGCGCCAGUGGUUCGGGGCGGUACAGUUCAGGUGGCCCUAGCGGUAGCAGUGGCGGGGGACACUAUAACUCACGCAAUCGAGAUCGAUUUAACAGUAGCUCCAGCAGUAAUCGUCAUGAUUCUGGUGGCCACAAAAGAAGUUACAGGGAUUCAUCACGCGAUCGCUCAGGUGACCGGAAGAGGCCGCGUCAAGAUGAAUAUAGACGUAAUUCAUCGUCUACGGGUAGAGGAAAUCGUACCCCACCGCCCCCACCACCGCCAAUGUCCUCUGGUGGUGCGUCAUCGUCUGGCUAUAGAAGCAGUAAUGCCAGAGCCACCAAUAAUUCACGUCAUAGCGAACGUGCCAACUCCAAAAGUAGACAUCGUUCAUCGCCUAUGGGGCCACCAUCAAAGCGAAUACCGAUUCGAAGUAGCUUCGCCUCACGGUCACGGGGUGCACCAUCCAGUCGUGGCGUGCGUUCGGCACGUGGUGGUCCGGUACGUGUAUUGCGCCGAGAAUCAAAUGACCUGCGCAUCAUGAGACGCAAAUUAAUGUUUGCUCAGCAAAAAGAUCGUGCUCGCGUCUUAAAAAUAGCACGUCUAACGAGCUCCCUUAGACGGCGUCGCCUAGAGAGACAUAGCACCAAGAGUCCGCGACGUUCUUCACGCAGUGCCAAAAAAACUGCGUCCAGUGAUGACGACGAUGAGACUAGCAAAAAAAAUAAACGCAAACACAGCGACAAUGAGGAAGAUAACGACGAUAACAAUACAAAACGCGACGACAAAGAUUCGGUAGGUGCUAAUAAACGUUCCGGUACUUCAAAACGUGCAAAAUCCAACGAUAAACCAAUUGCUGAAGAUGAGGUAGGUGUUAAAAAUACUAGAGUUGAUGAUGAACAUGGUGAUGUCGUCGCAAAGGAGGAAAGUGUAGAGACUACUGAGAAAAGUAGAAGUGGUGAAAAAAAGAAAUUGUUGACGUCCAUUAAAAAAGAUAAUGAUGAACACACGGAGGGUGAAGGAGAAGAAAAGGAUAAAAGUGAUGACGAAGUAAGUGUAGACAAAACAGCUGAUGGUAGUUCAAAUGUUGCAAUCGAAAAAGAACUAAAAAAGGAAGGUAAGAAAAAGGAUGAUUCUGGUGAAGGCAAUGGUGAGGUUAGCUCCAAAAAAUCAUCUACCAAAAAAUCAUCUUCAAAAAAAGAUGAUAAGGAUAAAGACGAGAGCAAACCGUCGAGCAGUAGCCCCAAGAAAAAUAAACGCAGCAGCGAGGAUGAGGAAGGUAGUACCAAAGAUCGGAAGUUGCGUGCUAGCCGCAGAGAAGAGCAGAGCAGUCCCCAGAGACGUAAUCAAAAAUACAUAAAAUUAACUUGUAUACAUUGUCACGCAAAAUGUGUAACUUUUAAGGAGUACACCUAUCAUUUGAGUUCACGCACUCACAAGGCAACUCUUCGUCAAAUAGCUAUACGUCAAAGAGCUCAUCUAUUGCGAUUAAGGGCUCGUCAGCGUACCGCUCAAAGAGAAAUAGAAGAAAAAUCAAAAGAGACGUACGAGUCGAAGUUUUGUCAUCUUUGUCGAUUGCAUUACCGUCAGCCAAAGGCCAAACAUCAGUUAUCUGAACAUCAUAAGACAAUGAAAAAAUUUUUAAUGCCAUACUGCUCUACAUGCCAUUUAGCAUUCAAAAGCCCAAUGCUAUAUGAAACUCAUCGCUGUUCGUUAGAACAUAUUAAAAAUAAGGCGCGCAAAAAUGAUUCAGAUAGCGAUCAAAGCGGCGAUGCUAAUGAUGAUGAUGAUGGAACACGAGAAAUCGAUUUGAAUAAAUUUAUGACCGUUGACUCAGUGGGUGAAAUCGAUGAAGCUAUAGAUGAAGAGGUUGAAGCUCUGCUUAACGAGACUAAUAUGGAAGGUGUUGAUGAGGAUGAAGAUGGUGAACGUGCUCCAGUUGGGGCUCAAUUUGUGAAAGAAAUUACUGCCUUUUAUUGUGAACUUUGCGAACAUUAUUCGGCCGAUAAAAGCACAUUGCAAAUAUAUACCAAGAAACAUUGCAUGCAAAGGUCACAUCUGAAGGCUUUCCUAAGAUUCAAAGAGGAAGACGAGAAGGCUAAAAAGCGAUCUAAAGAUAAAGAGAAGGAGAAAAAGAAAUCUGAAAGUGAACACGACAAAAUUCAUGAUAAUGAGAUAAAAGAGGAGAAAAUUGCUGAUGAAGAAUGUGCCGAAACAAACGGUACGGAUGAAAAAGGCGAGGAUGAAGAAGAACACUUGUUGGAAAAUUUGGACGAAACUGAAGAGCAAGCAGACGAUCAAUUAUGGGAAGAUGUUGAUAAAGAUUUAGGUGAUUUACUUAGGGAAGUUGGCCCUGAUGAACGUGACGAGGAUGAUGAGGAGGAAGAAGAUGAAUCUGUACUGAAUAUCGAUAUUGAAAGUGAAAAACCGAAAAUCAAGGAGCUCAAUGGUAAGAAAGAAGAAAUAAUUGUAGUCAACGCUUCGGCUAACGAAGAUAAAUCGGAAAAUGGUAUUAAAACAGAUACCGAAGAAGAAACACCCACCACAAUAACAUCUCAGACGCCAUCGGCGAACCCAGCACCGAUAACGCCAGCGGUCACCCCAGUAACUACAAAGCCCAAACCGCAACGUAAAUCGAUUCACAAAAUAUCUUCCGUGAAAACCGCUGUAGAAGCUAAAGAAUAAACUCAUCAUCUAGGGAUUCGUAUCAUAUGAAAUUUCAAUGAAAUUGUUGCAUCGUAAUUUAAAACUAGAAAGUCUUAAUUUCUCUCUUUCUGUUUCUACUUACUCUGUAGGUGUUUUACUGUUUACCAAUCUUUUAGCGAGUUUUUCUGAUAUGAAUUUUUCCUUAGAUUUUAGAUUAUUACGCGUACAUACAUCAAUAUAUAAACAUAAAAUGAACAAAAAAUAAAUAUAAACUUAAUUACUACAGGUACAUAUAUAUAAAUAUAUAUAUAUAUAUAUA